UAGGGUUUGUGUGUGCGCUCCGCUGCGCUCUCCGUCGGGUCACGGCUGCCUCUGCUCCGCACAACUUUCUGCCGAGUCAUCGGGACAUAACGCGCUCCUCCGCCCCGGGACUCUGCGUCUCAGAUCCGCUCAUCUUCAUCGUCACACGGGACAGGACUGAGAUGCCAGGCUCGAUGAAAAAUGAACCGACGGGGCUUGAAAACGUCCACGUUUCCAUCAGAAGCGCCACUGAGAGCAGAGACUUCACGGUUAGAGGAGACUGCACCGUCAGACAGAUGAGGUGGGACCUAGCAGAGCGCCUGGGAGCCAAGGCCGAGCAGUUGGUGCUGAUCCACGCCGGCCGCGUCCUCAGAGAAUCAGAACUCAUGAGUCACCUUAAAGGACAGAGUGGGUCAGUCAGCCUCCGCAUGAUCCAAAGGCCUCCGUAUUCGUCUGGCCCGCCCGCCAGUGAUGCAGCUUCAGAAACAGUCCAGUCAGAACCCACAGCUGCUCUCGAUCUCGAUCCGGACAACUCAACUCCGACUCCCACCUCCCCCCUCUGCCUGGUAGAAGGACUAGACAGUCUCGGCCUAGAGAACAGCAGUCCUGGCUUCUUCCCUGCACUCCAGCGCCAGAUGGAGAACCAGUUGCUGGCUAACCCAGAGAUGUUGCGCCGUGUCCUGGGCAGCCCCUUCGUGCACAACACCCUCUCCAACUCCGGCCCUCAGCUGACCAGACAGCUCAUUCUGUCUAACCCCCAAAUUCAGGAUCUCCUGCAAACAACCCCAGAGUUUGAAGACAUGCUGAACAACACAGAUGUCAUAUCACAGGUGAUGGAGCUCAUCAGGAACCCUGACAUGCUAGAUGAAGUGAUACAACCUGAAGGCAGAGCAUUAGACAGUUUACAGCCAGAGCAGGACAAGCCUGAGACCGUCCCUGGUCACUCUGAUGGUCGACGGAGGACAGAUUCAAAAAUACGGGAACACAGUCUUAACCUGACGCAGAUUGACGGGAUAGAAGUACCAACUGUAGAGACUACAUCUUCAAGGAGUCAUCAAACUCCAAAGGGAGAAAGUUCCCAGACACCGUCUGUCUCCACGGAUCCUCUCAAAGGAUUCGCUGCUGCCUCCAGAGCUGGUCCUAACUCACAAAGCACCAGCACUGCAGGCAUGCAGUCACUGCUGGAGGAGAUCACAGCCAGUCCUGGUCUGAUGGAGAGCCUGCUGUCUGGGCCGUAUGUCAGUAGUCUUCUGAAUUGUCUCAGCCAGAACCCUGACCUGGCUGCACAGAUGCUGCUGAGCCACCCUCUGUUCUCAGGAAAUCCUCAGCUGCAGCAGGAAAUGAGAGGGCAGAUUCCUCUCUUUCUGCAACAGAUGCAGAGUCCAGAGUUGCUGUCAGCCAUGUUGAACCCCAGAGCCAUGGAGGCUCUACUACAGAUCCAACAGGGCCUUCAGACUCUGGCUGCAGAGGCUCCAGCCCUCAUACCGGCGGCCGGGCUCGGGAACAUUGGAGCCAGUGGUAAUGCUGCUCCUGAGCUUGCAUCUGAGUCGGAACCGAACAGCCAAUCAGGAAGCGGUCCUCGGGUUGCCACAGUGACAGAGCAGCAGCAGCAGCAGUUUGUACACCAGAUGCUACAGGCGCUGGCUAACGCCAGUAACGAGGUCCGCCAUGAGGAGGCUGAGUUCCAGGAGGAGCUGGAGCAGCUGAGCUCAAUGGGCUUCAGAGACAGACGGGCAAACCUUCAGGCCCUCAUCAGCACAGGAGGAGACAUCACCACUGCAAUACAACAUCUGCUCGGGCUCUGACACACACACACACACACACACACACACACACACAUUCAUGGCUGCACUGACAUUUACUGUACAAAUAAGCACCUGCACUCAGACAUGCUAAUUAUGGAUGUAGCAGCAGCGAUUAAGGGAAAAGGUGAAAAGUGCUUCUCAAGAAACAAGCAUAGGAAACCUGCAAGCCAUAUUUACAUCUGCUGUACUGCCAUAAACACAAUUAUUUUCAAUCAUGUCAGCAGUCAAUUGUAUUCAGUCUUAGAUUUAUGGUAUUAGGCUGUGCACUGCCUGUAAACUGACCGGGCUUACGUUUUAUUAAGUGAGGAUUUUUGCUGCCUUUUGUCCUUCGGUGCUUCGAGUUAAGACAAUCACUUUCAUUCUGUUAAUGCCACGCGCCACGCAGGUCUGUGCUGUCUCUCAAAAACCACCGCGCACACCGCUGCAUAAAUAUUCACAAGCAGGCCGUGUAUUAUUAAUCUCUGAGCGGCCACACAAUGGAGCACAGGUCUCUUUUCAUGUUGCCACCUGGACAGAGUCUAAUAAAAAGAAACAAAAAAAAUAAAACAACCAGAGACAGUCAGAUGUCCUCGAAGCGCCACAGACGAUUCAUGCUCGACAGAUUGAACCAGGAGUACAAUCUGCUGUGUGAUGUCCCCACACUCCCUUGAUGCUUGUGUGCCUUGUGCAACACAGGCUGUAAAAAGGGCAGACGCACCAGAUCAUCAUGAAGUCUCUCUCUCUGAAGGUAGAUUUAAAACGGAGAGGAUGAUUUUGUGAGAAGCCAACACCUUCUUGUAAGACAUUGUUCAUCCAGAAGCUGCACAAUUACAGAAACUCUCGUUGUGUGUUUAACUACCUGCCAUAGGAAGUCUAUGUGUAAUUUAGAUCACUGUAGAUUAGCUGACUCAUGAUGUGAACAAUCAAAUCUAUUAAAGGCAGUUCUGUUAUUCCCCCGUCACUUCCCAUGAAUGUAUAAAAUACGAUCCCUCCAUUACUGUGUUCAUCCUAAUGUCAUCGGUUGUUUUGCAGUUAGUUAAUUCAGCAACGUUUUUAGUCCUGUUAAGCACUGAAUGUGUCGUAUGUGAUUCACAUAUUAAGCAUUUAAUCCCCCAAAUGACACAAAGCAGGAAGAAAACAUCUAACGCAGCUUUCAAGAACCCGAGGCAGCGUCUUCACUUUCCUCACUUUGUUCGUUGAAGUAUCAGAAACCUAAAGGUGUUUGUUUUCAAACUGAGAAACUUUUGAGAGGCUCUUUCAACAUUUAAAAGUCCCCUCCUUCACUGAAAAGCCCUCUACUAAUCUAGCUAUUAAUAAGUUAAAAACAAAUGGAUGAAGAAUAUUGUUAAAUACUUUUUUCUCUGUGGUUAGUCUUGUAAUAUUACACUAGAAACACUAGUGGGCAGUCACAUUUAACUUCCUCAGCACUGUCAGACACAGUAUCUUAGAUUUACUAACCCUAUUUCUUGUGAUUUAAACAGUGUGGGUUAAGUCAUUAUUACUCUCAUAUUAUUAAAAUUCAGUUAAAAAAAAAAACAACCUCUGCAGUUCCACCGAGCAUCAAAAACCCCUCGUAGCAAAUGAGCUCAAACUGAGCCGACACAAGCAGACGUAACAUUAAAAGGUGAUGUUUUACCGGCUUGAGUGUGUUUCGUCUCGCUUUUGGGUUCUCGCUCUGAGGUUUACUACAACAUACAUGCAAAAAACUCCAUAAGAUUACUGCCAUAAGAUUUGUGUGCAUGUGAUCUGCUUGACAAUCUGUGUGCAUUUGUCUGUUGCUGCCAGACUGUGGGGGUUUUUAAUCUUCAGCAGUGUGUGUGUGUGUGUGCGACUGGAUGUGUGAGAUAUGAGAGUAGCCGAGGGGGUUUUUUCUGGAUUAGAAGCUCCAAAAAUAUUCGGGGCUGAGGUUUGAAGAUGAGUCACUCCACAAAAACGGCACCGAGCGGAGGUAUGUGUGUAUGUUUGAGAGAGUACGUAUGUCACGGUCAGGGUCAGCAACGUGUGUGUGUCCUGUGUAGAUAUCAACUGGUUAGGAAACUGUGUGUAACAAUGAAGAACUUCAUUGAAAUCAAUGCUACUAAAUACAAUCUUCUGAUGUGAAUUUGUCAAAGUCAAAGAUGGUUAUAAGUGAAAAGUUUAGGAGCAGUUCAGAAACCUGUAAUGUUGAAGUUAUAACAUAAACGCACAUGCCAUCUAAACCCAAAAAUGUGUAAGAGACACAAUAAUGAUACCCUGUAGUAAUGUAUGGCGUUACACCAAACCAAACCUAAGUCAGCUCUGAAAUUACAUUUUUAGAGAUUAAGAAGAAUGUAUUAUGUGCAGAGCCCAAACUAAUAAUAUACUGCUUUUAUAAUUAUUAAUAUGUUAAAUAAAUGUUGAGUAGUUUCUCACUGAGGCCUUUAUUGGUCAUAUAUUGCUUGUGUGAUCAAACUGAAUAUCAGAAAUAUCAAAAAUGUGAGAGGCAGUGUGUUGAUUUCAAGUAUUAAAGAUCAAGGCUUGAUGAUCAGAAA